CGCCGCACGGGGGCGCGCUCUUGCGCAACCGCAGGGAAGUGCUCGUCCUCGCCGCCCGUCUCCUGUACUUGAGGCGGAGGCUGAGCGAGAGCCAGACAGAGAGGAAAGCUCAAGAUGGAAGGAGGUGCAUACGGCGCUGGAAAGGCUGGGGCUGCUCUUGAUCCCAUCGCUUUCCUCAAACAGCCCCAAACCAUUCUCCGCAUCCUCAGCUGGGUUUUCUCCAUUGUUGUAUUUGCUUCUAUUGUGAAUGAAGGCUACGUCAAUAACGGCAGCAAUCAACUUUACUGUGUCUACAAUAAAAAUGACAGCGCCUGCAACUAUGGCAUUGCAAUUGGGAUCAUGGCCUUCUUCAUAUGCAUCCUGUGCUUCACCCUGGAUUUCUACUUCCCACAGAUGAGUAGUGUAAAGGACAGGAAACAUAUUGUAAUGGGAGAUCUGGGACUUUCAGGACUCUGGACAUUCUUGUGGUUCGUAAGCUUCUGCUUUUUGGCAAAUCAGUGGCAACAAACCCCAUCAGCCGACCUUCCGUUCAACCAAGGUGCCGAUGCUGCGCGGGCUGCCAUUGCCUUUUCCUUCUUUUCUAUAUUGUCCUGGGCUGGUCUAACCAUUAAGGCAUGGCAGAGGUACCAUUUGGGAGCUGACUCAUCACUCUUCUCCCACGAUCACUUGGACGCUGGCCAUCCACCAUUCAGUACUGGAAUAGAGAACACAGAAACCUUCCAGAGCCCACCAUUUGCUGAAAACCUGGGUACAACCUCCAAGGGAUACCAAAUGCCAUCGUAUUAGAGACCAAAGGUCCUACUUGUCACUUAGAAAUACAGUUUCCCUUUUGUUGGCCUAGAUAGAUUUCUAAUCCAGCCUAUCAGAGAUCAGAUCUAUUUAUUGCCUUUUGUGUAUCCUCUUAGCCCCUCCACACUGUUUGAACUACGUCUUGUCAAUUCCCACCAAGAGUCCUGAUCUACUGCGUGAACUUGCGAACAGUUUGCAUUUUGCAACCGUUUUUCACAAACGAUCAAGUCAAAUUGUUGAAGGAACUUGUAAAGCUGCAUGGGGACUUGAUAUUUAACUAAUUAAACUGAAGCCUAUGUGGGCCAAUGGAAAAGGGAUAUUGUAAUACAGAUCUUAUCUGUGGUGCAAUGUGGUUCACUGGUUGGUUAGCUGCAAGAGUACUAAAGUGCUGUCCAAGAUCAUUAGGCUUUUCAUGUGCUAAACUGAUGUUGGGUAACCUUUCUUUGGCUAAUAGUGUAGUGUACUCACUAUAUUAGAGGUAUUGUCAUUCUUGUAUUAAUAUGUAGAAUAUACUUUGGAAACAGCCUCUUCCAACAAUAAAGCACCUAUUUAGUGUUUUAGGAACUCUCUCCUUGUUUAGGCUGUCUGUGAACUCAUGAUUCACUAUUCCACAUGAUGUGCUAGGUUUUCUAGUAAGUGUAUAAAGCUUUAACUUGUCAAUGCUCAGAGCUAAGUGGGGAUGUGAAUUUUGUCUGUAUUCCUGCUGUCUGAAUUAACUGUAUAGUUGCAAAUUGUAAAAGAUCAUAGAGCAACUUAGAAACAAGUCAGCUGAACUUUUGAAUAGGUACCAUGCAAAUAUUUUAAAAUACUGUUUUAUACAUGUGAUUGCAGAUGUAUAUGAUUGAAUAGAAUAUUACUCAAAUAGUAUUGAUUGUGAUUUUAGUACAGCCUGACUGUUUCUAUAUAACCUAAGGUUUUGUGUGUGUGUGUGUGUGUGUUUUUGUAUGGUAAUCUCAUUCUUAUAGUAGGUCUGUGAAUGGAAUUGUACAUGAAAUAGAUCAUAAGUAACCCAAAGGGGAAAGUCACCACACAAAACAGAAGGGAGUCUCUUAAACCUCUGUAAACCAGGAACACCUAAUCUGUUCCUUGAGCCUUCAGGUCCAUGCCAUCAAAGUAUGCUGGAACUCUUUUGACUAUGGAUAAGAGAAUGUAAUUAAACAAUGUUAAAACAGUCUGAAACAUCCUAUAUCCUUUUGUGAUGUAUGUACGUACUGCCAGUUGGAUAAGUGUAUCCUUAAUAUUUGAACUUUAACCUUUUUCACCAGCAUACAACCUUUGUAACAAUUUAACAAAAUGAUGCCAGGACAACAAAGUGCAAUUUUGUAUUUUUAUUUUGUAGGGAAUCAAUUAAAUGUCACAAAUGCAAGACUCAAACAAAAUUACUUAAAAUAUCAGCAAUGGUGCAAGUUUUGAAUUUAAUUUUCUAAUCACAGAUGUGCCAAGCAUUUUAUAAAGACUAAAUAAAUAUGUGGGCUGGUAAAGUGGAAAUAUUUUCCAGUUUGAUCAUUUGGGAAUUUAUCUUGAAGGGAAAUGGGAUCUAAUAAUCAGACAUAACUAAUAAUUCACUUGUAUUUGAAUUCACCACUUCCUAGGAUUGUUUCUGACAGUGUGUUUAUUUAAACUGACCACACAUCCAGAGAAAGUGUCUUGUUACUAAACCAAUUCUGCGAUUUCCUACUUUAUAUUUAAGUAAUUCCUCCACUUGAACACAAUGUAACUUUAACAUUACAAGAUUUAAUACAGAUUCUAAAUAAGAGGAAAAUUAAAUGACCUGCCUGCAAGUGCUUACAAUUAUUUUCUUAGUAAAAUUAAUUUAACAGGGCUAAAUUAGCUGAUAUUAACUCCAUACUGACACAUACUGCUGAUAUUUUGUUUUGUAGAGAAACAAACAGUGCCUUUUUUUAAAGUUUAAUGAAACCAAACAUCACAAUAAUCCUUUUGACUAUGUGAAUGAUAUAUGGGGAGUAGGGGGAGUGAGGGAUGCUGAAUCUGUAGGUUAAGAUAAAUCAUAUUAAUGAUAGAGUAUUGCAAAUGUGGUUUGCAUAAAUUUGCCAGAGUAACUGUUAACGCUUGUAUAUAGCAGUUAAAAACCCUUGUUUGUAAGAGAGACGACCUAAGCAGCACCCUCUUCAAUGGCCUGCAAUCUAAGUCCUUAAAGGCAAUAAAAUGCAGAAAUAUAAAAAGGUGCCGAUUAAAUUCAUAGCCACCCAGAAGAAUAUUAUGCAGCCCAAAGUAUUUGUGUCAGGUUUCUCAAGAACUAUCCAAUUAGUCCAUCUACUUGUCUUUCCCCACCAACCUACAAAUAUUUAUCCUCUUCCCUUUUUAGGAGCUAGUAUUGAAUUUGAAUGAAUCAAAAUUAACAUUACUAGUUGCAUAUGCUUUUCCCUCUCUCUCUUUGCAUACUUAGUUUACCUCUGCCUCCUCUCUUAACAAUUCAUUCGCCAGUUAAAACAAUUUUUCCACAUUUGUUUACACAGAUUUGAACACGUCUUUCAAAUAUUGUCUCUGGCCUCUCUAAAAGGAAAAGAUCUUGUGUGUCUCUCUUCACCUAUAUAAAGUCACUCAUUGUUGGUGCUGUUCUGGUAAAUAUCCUCUACACCCUAUCAAAAACAUUCAUAAUCAUUCUACAGUGCAAUGGCUGGAACUCAGAACAAUAUUUCUAGUAGGGUUCAUGCAACCUUUUGGGAGGCUUGCAUUUUUUUUAUUGUAGGACUUAAUUUAGCCAAGAUCUCACUGAACCCAUGUUUUGCAACAUGUCCUGCAACUUUAAAAAAAAACUUGUAUACGCUUACUGCCACUCGAUAAUGAUCCCAUCCAAUCUCAUCAAUGUUCCUACAGCUCUUUUAAAAUUGCAGCAUUUAAUUCAUAUUGACGUACUUUUCUAAUGAAAAUCACUCGUACUUCUAUAUGUUACAGUUCAUUUUCCAAGUAUUUGCUCACUUAACCCAUUCUGUAUUCCUGGAAUGUGAUACUACUCACUAUUUACUCAAUUUCAUAAUUUCAAAGUUUUCAAAAAAAACUAUCUUCCCUAUACAUUAUGUCCAGGUCACUGAAAUAUAUUAAGGAAAAAUGUUUAAAAUGUAUACAGUAUCAUUAAUUCCUUUCUUGAAAAGCUCUUUCUGCCACUUAGCCAAUUUUUAAAAAUCUACCCCCCUUAAUCACAUGGGCUUUAAUUUUGUUAACAUGCCAUGCGAUCUGUCAAAUGUAUUUUUUGAUGCUGGUCUUUCCAUUUUGAGAACUGGGUUCAAGCUAUCCUGAACAGUUAGGACUCCCUCGUUGAGAGAGGAUCUUUAAUCCAAUGUAAAAAGUAGUUAUACUUGGAGAAGUUCAAAUAAAUCCUUUACCAGUAGCAGGUGUGGCUUUCUAUUUGGCUUUUAGCUGGCAAUGUCAUUUAAUCGGGCCCCAAGAUUGGUGAUGUGGAGCAAAGAUGGAGACUUUAGAGCUUGGGAUAAAUGUUGAGGCAUGUCGAUGUAGUUCUCAUUUCUGUCAAGGUAUGUGGCAUAGUCAGGACUUGAAGCCUUUUGAUAGCAAUUUUAAUUUCAAGAUACUUGGUCAGGAAACCAUCUAGUACUUUGUACCAUUGAUGCAAUUUCUAUUGGGCAUUAAGUGAGCUUGAAUAACUGUUUACAAACAUAUUAAUAACAGUUUUAAAUAAGUAGAAGCCUUUCCCAUGUUACCCAAUUUAUUCCUGAACUUGAGGAUAAGAGCCAGUCAAGAUAGACUUGCAAUCUUCCUAAAGGAAACAGCCUUGCCUCCACUUGAUCUAAUAGUUUCUUAUGCUAUAUGCUUUUAGUUAGCGAUACCUUUGCUUCAAACCUCAGUCUAGGUGUGCAAUUUCACACGUUUAUUGUCCUCUGUGCAGCUAUGUUUUAGUGUUGUUUAUCCCCUUAACUGUGUACUUUCUGAAAUCCAUUAUUAGUUGUCAUUACUUGUAUGUCCAAGUUAUGAGAUUGUGGAUUCAAGUCCCAGCUCACAACAAUGUAGAUGAAUUUUCCAGUGCAGACUGAGGGAAUGCUCUACUGUUGGUGGCAUCGUAUAUUCUGUGAGAUGUUAAACUAAGACUUAAUAUGUUCUCCUGGGAAUUUACAAACUUCCUUUGGCUUGCUUUGAGGAACAUAUGCCUUAAACUUAUUGUGGGAGCAUGCUGUGUGGAUACCACUUUCUACAUUGUAAUAGUGACCAUAUUUAAAAACUACUUAUUGGCUCUAAAAUGCUCUGGAACAUUGUAAUAUUCACUUUUAACAUUGAAAUCAUGCCUCCUUAUGACAAGUGCUUUCCUGCUGGGAGGAAAACCUUUACAGAUUUUGAUGUUACGAAUUGAAUUUGUGGCAUUUACCAAGCCACAAUAUUGUCAUGAGUUGUUUCUGCAUAUAAACAAUAGCAGUUUUCAUUGCUAGUACUGCCAAAUUUAAAAAAAAUGUAACACUCCAGCAUUUAUACCAUUUAUUGAUGAACAGCUUGUAUGAAAUUAAUUGGGAUAAUCAAGCUUUAUGUGAAAUGAGCAUUCACUAAAGUGCAUUUGAAUUUAGUGUUCAAAAUCUAGGGAAAAUAGUCUCCAAUUGUAUUAGAGGAGAUUACUCAAACUGUGAUAAUUGAGGUGAAGUAAGGGGGUGGAGAACUGAUAGUUAACAGAUCAACUACAAUAUUUAUUAAAAGUGUUUGUAACAAUUUGCCAGGUUUUGUUUCAAGCAAAGUAGAGGACUACCAAUUUUCGUGAGGUUUUAUUCUUAUUGAGUUGAUUAGUGGUCAUAAUUGUGCUAGUUUAGAUUGCUUAAUUUUAUCACCUCAGGUAAAUAUCUGCUGUAGUUACUGUUUAUUUAGAAGUAGCAGAUUGGCACUGUCAAUGUCCGUGGAUAUGCUGAAACUAUGGCAUUUGGUUUUCUAAUCAUCUUAUGAACUUAAAAACACAACACAGAUUUACAGUACUUGACAACUUUAAUGAGGGUUCAGAAAAAUCAGAAGUAGCCAGGCAGCAACUGCCCAACCUUUUAUCAAAAAUGCAGAUCAAACAGGUUAGCCUAACUGAGCGAUAACAUUAUUUUCCUGGACUAAACGAUCACUUACGGUGGCUGUUAUGGACACACUCCAAUUUAAACAUUAACUUUUCAGGAAAAUGGUAAAUUACAUAUUUUAAAAAAAGUUUAGUCAGAAGAUUAGACUAGUGAUUUCAAACUACCUUAAAGGUCUCAGAUUAAACAAGUGUGGUAUGAAAUAAGUGUGCAUAUGGUCCAAUUUAGUGGUUUAUGCUCCCUACAUCAAAAGUACCUAAAAUACCCAUGUUGCCAUAUUGGCUAAGUUGAUGCCAAGAAACUGAACCCGCUGCUAGACCAGAUAUUGUGCUCCUUUCUUGCAUCAGACAUGUAUUAACACUCCUGCUGCAUGAUUAUGUUCUAGUCCAAGUGAUUAUAGUGACAGAAAAUUUGCAAACAGCAUUGAGUUAACUGAGUAGAACUACCAUCAUCUCUGCAUAGUCUAGGCAAGGCUACUGAUAGCUUAGCGCAGAGACUGAAGGACAUGAUGGCACAUGUACAUAACAGCGUAGCUCUCAAGCUGUAAUUGCUUGGAACUUUAGCAUUUUAAAAUAAACUCUUUGGAAAAUUCUGAUCAUUUGGUAUGGUGAAACUUGCUUUGCUCCGGAUAUGGCAUUAAAAAGCAGCAAGAAGUUGUUUUCUUGGAUCUGGGUCUGAUAGACAAUUAGUGGCUCACACUCAAAGUGAAUCACAAAGUUUGAUUUGGCUCCUCUAUCUCAAUUAAAUCUCAUUCAUUAAAUUUCAGGUCCUUGUUUUUAAUUCCCACCAAUAGCAUCACCCUGUCUCUGCAACUUUCUCCCACAUGAUUCUGAAUGCAGCACAAUGAUCCGCUCCACAGAAUUCCUUGGAGUGUUCCCUGUCUUGAAAGGGCUGUAACUGAUGAAGGUUCUGUACCUUGUUUUUAAAUUUCUUUCUGUGGUUUACUGAAGUGCCAAAGAAAAAUGCCAAUGCGCCAUAGGCAUUUUUAAAUGAACAGUUUUGUGGAAAUGAUUGUAAAUGAAUUCAAACAAAUUCUUUAAGGUACUGAGUUAAACUGAUACCAAGUAAAAAGUCAUUAAGAUCUGUGAUAACCCACUGCUUUAUCAUAACACAGCAAUUCGUUUUCCUUCAUGAAUUCUCAAUUGUAUAUUGGUUAUAGUUGCUUUUCUUGGGGACUUGAAAUGUUUUUGUGUGAUGAUGUCGGACUAUCUUUUUUUAUUUCUCAGGUAUUACAGGCCAUUAACUAAACGUUAACAUAUCAAUGCAUUACUGUCCAUAUGUGGAUAAGUGGACACUGCAUUAACUUUUGUUAUAUCCCAUACAAUUCCGUUAUGAACAAAUGUGCAAAACGCUGGAGGAACGCGCAGGCCAGGGAGCAUCAAUGGAAAUUAAUAAACAGCUGAUGUUUCGGGCUGAGGCCCUUCUUUAUGCCUCGGCCUGAAGUGUCAACUGUUCAUUUCCACAGAUGCUGCCCAACCUGUCGAGUUUGCCCAGUAUUUCAUGCUUGUUUGCUUUGGAUUUACAACAUCUGCAGACUUCCUCGUGUUUAUAAUGGUCCUUUAGUCAUAAAAUAACUUUGCACCUUGAAUCUUUAUUUUACAUUAGAUAAAUCUCAAAUUUUAUGCUUUGACUAAAUUUAAUGAGUUAUGGUUAAUGAAGUAAACUGAAAUUACAAUCUAGCAAAGAUCUAAUAGCACAAUCUUUGAAAGAUUACAAUCUGUAUUCUAACAUAAAAUGUUAAUUUUAAAAGCUAUCAAAUUGGGAUCUUUUUGUUUACAUACACAAUCAAAUCGUCAUUUCAUUGAAGAGAAAAGCAUAUUCAAGAAAGAUAAACCAAAAGGUUCCAGUGUGGCAAAAUGGUGCACAUUGUAAUACUCCCUCUUCACCAAGGUUCAUGGUUAAAAAGUACAGUACAGUUACUGUGGUGCUUAUGUUGUGUUAAAAUAGUGUCCACAAUCAGUGACGUAUGGAAAAUAUAAACAAUUAAGUGAACUACUGUAUUUACAUCUUGGUUUAUUUGUUCUUAAAGAACAAUGCUCUGUUGUUGUAAUCAGUAAUCUUGUGCCUGUGUACAAUAAAUUCUCAAUAAAGAUGUGUCAGUGC